GUCGGUGUCUAGCCGCCCCGGCGUCGACAUGGUUUAGCGGCCAACGUCGCGACGAUGGUUCGAAUACUUCUGCUGCUGUGUCUGCUAUACAAAGUGUCAGGCCAUGACAGGAUAUCCGCCACAGAAAUGCCCCAAUAUGUCCACAAAGGUGCGGCAUGGGCGAUGUAUGGGAGUGGUGCUAUCCGAAGUCCCCCUGCUGCAAAUGGAAAUGGCCGAGGAGGAACACACCAACAAGAGCCUCCUCAACACCCACCGUGGCGCCCGCCAAAUCACCAGUAUGAGAAAUGGCUGAAGCACCAACACAACCCUCACGCCUCCAUUGGAAUCCAGCCUCCAGGCAUACCUCGGUGGCCAUUGGAGUGGCCUCCCCACCCUGGGUCUGGACCCUUCGAAGACGCUGGAAUCCCACAAUCUUUGAUACCGCUGCCAUGCGGUGGAGCAUGCAACAAGAACGAGUUCCUCUGUCCGAUGUCAUGCACUUGUAUACCAAACUCCUGGCGGUGUGACGGUGACCCGGACUGUGUUACUGAAGAAGACGAGUUAGACUGUCAACUGACUGAGGCUGAGUGUGACGAGGAGGCUGGUUAUGUGAGGUGUCCACGGACCCGCAAGUGUAUCCGCAGAGAAUGGCUGUGCGACAGCCAUGAUGACUGCGGCGACUUCUCUGACGAGACUCACUGUGGAGUGAACCCAGUAAACUGUACCAGUGCUGAGUUUGAGUGUGCCAAUGGUCUCUGCAUCCAACCAGACUGGGUGUGUGAUGGAGAGAAUGACUGUAGGGACUACUCGGACGAACUGAACUGCACUCGCAAAACUGAUUGCUCAGAGCUUGAGUUCCGAUGCUCAGAUGGAAGCUGCAUCUCGUUGUCGUUCAGGUGCAACUUUGAACAAGACUGCUCGGAUGGGACGGAUGAAGCUGAGUGUGAGGUAGAAGUGCCUACAUGCAGUGAGGGAGAGUUCCGAUGUUCGUACCCUCGCUGUGUGAGACAAGAGUUCCGCUGUGACGGAGACGAUGACUGUGGCGACUGGAGUGAUGAAGACGGCUGUGAGACAGUCGCCGAGGGCUCCUGCGCCAACCAUCAGUUCAGGUGCAACAGUGGGAAGUGCAUUCCUGAGAACUGGAAGUGUGACGAGGAGAGGGACUGUGAAGGAGGCCAAGAUGAAGAGGAUUGUGAGAAGCAGGUGAUGAGAGCUUGUGGUCCAGACGAGUACAGGUGCAAGAGUGGAAGCUGUAUACUGAAAACCUGGGUGUGUGAUGGAGUACAAGACUGCUCGGCGGGAGAGGAUGAAAGCAACUGUGUGAUCACGUGUGACGCAGAGCAGCAGUUCACUUGUCCAAUGAACGACACCAGCAUGACACUCUCACGGCCGCGCCACUCUAGCCGCGCCUCUCCUCCUUGUAUUGCACGCAAACACGUCUGUGACGGAAAAAUCGACUGUCCCGGCAGUGAAGAUGAGAAAAACUGUCCGUUGAAAGUGCCAUGUAACCCGAACGACAACAAGUGCGACCAGGCGUGUGUCACCAUGGCGAACGGCAGCAUCGGCUGUGCUUGCUUGCCAGGCUACAUACUUGAACCUGACGGUGUUCAUUGCCGGGACAUCAACGAGUGUGCGUAUGUGGCUGACCCAGUCUGCAGCCAGUCCUGUGAGAACACUGUGGGGUCAUUCACCUGCAGCUGUUCCAAGGGCUACGUACUGAGGCCUGACAUGCGUACCUGCAAAGCCCUCGGUAGUCCUCCUACGCUGCUUUUUGCCAACAGGAUUGACAUCAGACAGCUGAGUCUGAACAACCUGCGAUAUACGGCCAUUUUGAAAAACCUGCACAACGCUAUCUCACUAGACUACCACUACAAGAGAGGGCUGGUGUUCUGGUCUGAUGUGUCAAUGGAUUAUAUAAGAGUUGCUAGGCUCAAUGGAACCGACGCCACAGAUGUGAUCCGAUGGGGCUUGGAGGGUCCUGGAGGAGUGGCCGUGGACUGGAUACACGACUUGAUAUUCUGGACGGACGCUGGGACUCGUAGAGUGGAGGUAGCAUCUCUCGACGGCAACAAGCGUCUCGUACUGGCCAGCAAUGACCUUGAUAAACCACGAGCCAUCGCAGUGCAUCCAGGCCAAGCACUCGUGUUCUGGACUGAUUGGGGGCCUAACCCCAAGAUCGAGAGGAUUGAGAUGGACGGCAGCAACAGGCUGAGUAUCAUCACAGAGUCUGUGUUUUGGCCCAACGGUCUGACCAUCGACUACACAGCUGAUCGGAUAUACUGGGCCGACGCCAAGCAUCACGUCAUUGAGAGCGCAAAGCUGGACGGCUCAGACCGACGCAAGGUUGUCACCAAAGGUUUACCUCAUCCGUUUGCACUGACGUUGUUUGAAGACUCUAUCUACUGGACGGACUGGCACACCAAGAGCAUCUCCACUGCCUCCAAGGCUACUGGCUCUGGCUUCCGCACCAUACACUCCGGCCUCCACUUCCCCAUGGAUAUUCACAGUUAUCACCCUCAGAGGCAGCCCAACUUCACCAAUCACUGCGGGGAAGACAAUGGAGGUUGUUCACAUCUCUGUUUACCAAACACCAACAGCUUCCAGUGUGCCUGUCCACUCGGCCUCAAGCUGACGGACAACAAACGGACAUGUGACUCCACACCUGAUCAACUGAUGAUCUUUGCUCGUAAAAAAGACCUACGUUUGCGCCGACUUGAUCUCCGGGACCAGAGCUACGACACUGUGCUGCCCGUGGAUGGUAUCAAGUCAGCUGUGGCCGUUGCUUGGGACUCCAAUACCGACUCCAUCUACUGGAGUGACGUGGAAGCAGACCUCAUAUCUCGGGCAUUCCUCAACGGCAGCCGACAACAAGCCAUCAUCUCUAACAACCUGGAAUCGCCAAGUGGUCUGGCAGUAGACUGGGUGACAGACAAGCUUUAUUGGACGGACGCUGGCACUCGACACAUCGAGGUGGCCACACUCAACGGAUCACUUCGCGCUCUACUCAUCUACGAUGGCCUCGACAAACCCAGGGACAUCAGUGUCAACCCUGCCGAUGGCUUCAUGUACUGGAGUGACUGGGGAGAGGAGGCUAAGAUAGAGCGUGCUGGGAUGGAUGGGUCAGGCCGCAAAGUGUUUGUCAGUGAAAACCUGUUGUAUCCCAACGGCCUGGCCAUCGACCAUGACAUGAGCCGGCUGUACUGGGCCGACGGAGGCACUAAGAAAAUAGAGUUCUGCAAUCUGGACGGCUCCAACCGGCAGCCCCUUAUUGAGUCGGAUCUUCCUCAUCCGUUUGGACUCGCUCUGUACAAAGACAAGAUCUACUGGACGGACAUGGCGGCUGCUAGUAUUCAGGUGGCCAACAAAGACACCGGAAAACACCGCAACACUCUCAGGUCGGGCGUUAGUGGACUGAUGGAUGUGAGGAUCUUCCAUCGCAACCGUCAGAUGCAGCCAUCAAUGUGUCACGCACACAACGGAGGAUGCUCACACUUGUGUCUGUUGGCACCUGCGCCUCUGGGGUUCGCCUGUGCCUGUCCCAUCGGCAUACAGCUCCUGACGGACGGGAAGCAGUGUGCCGCCGGACCGACCAACUCUCUGAUCUUCGCCCACAGGGAGGACAUCCGCCAGAUCUCACUGGAUGUGCCGUACACUGUGGAUGUUGUGCUUCCCUUACCACAACUUAAGGGUGCUCAUGCUGUGGAUGCUGACAGGAAAACAGGAGAGAUUUACUGGACGGACACAGAACUGGAUGUUAUCCAGAAGGCUACUCGUGAUGGUAAGAACGUCCAAGUGGUCAUUGGAGACGGACUGGUCGCUGCUGAUGGAAUUGUGGUUGACUCCACUGGACGGAAGGUAUACUGGACGGACGGAGAGCGCAAAACUAUUGAAGUGUCAGAGUUAGACGGCUCCAACCGCAAGGUGUUGUUCUGGUCAGGGUUUGACAAUGUCAAGCCUCGAGCACUCGUCAUCCAUUAUCACCUCGGACUGAUGUUCUGGUCUGACUGGGGCGAGACAGGCCGCAUCGAGCAGGCUGGCAUGGACGGCACUCUCAGGAAAACAUUUAUCUCCGAGGACAUUCACUGGCCCAAUGGUUUGGCUAUUGAUAGGCCAGCCGACCGUCUUUACUGGACUGACGCUAAGAAGAAAACCAUAGAGAGCAUCCAUUUGGACGGCUCCGACAGACAAAUAAUCCUUGGUGACCUUCCACAUCCGUACGGAUUGGUGAUUGUUGGAAGCCACAUCUAUUGGACGGACUGGGAGACAGAAGCACUGCACCGAGCAGACAAGAACAACGGUUCUGACCGCACUGUGAUACGCAGUGAUCUGCGUGGACUCAUGGAUAUCCGCUCGAUACAGACUGACAACGUAGCUGAAAACGCUUGCGGAGUUGACAACGGAGGCUGUUCACACCUGUGUCUGCGCUCCCCCACGGGUUACACCUGCGCCUGUCCCACGGGCGUGCUCAUGUCAGUUGACGGCAGCACCUGCCAAACACAGCCUCGCGCCUACCUGCUGCUGGUCACUAAGAACAGUCUGGCUCGUGUCAGCUUCGACACUGACGACCGUGUCGACGUCACACUGCCUGUCACCGGCAUCAGCAACGCCUUCGCUGUCGACUUCCAUUGGAACAAGAGCCUCAUCUUCUACUCGGACGUGGACCUACACGUGAUCAGGUCCGUUGACAUGCUGAACCUCUCGCGCACAGCUGAUGUGAUCAGUACCAACCUAACAGCUCCGUAUGGUCUGGCCGUGGACUGGCUGGCAGACAACAUCUACUGGACAGACUACGGUCUGAGGACACUCCAGGUGGCUCGUCUUGACGGAUCGUGUCGCAAAACUGUAGUUGGAACUGACCUAAACGAACCGAGAUCUGUGGCAGUUUUUCCUCAGAGAGGAUUCUUGUUCUGGACGGAUCUCGGAGAGGAGCCCAGGAUCGAGCGGUCGAUGAUGGAUGGAUCCAAGAGGGAAGUCAUCGUGAAGGACGACCUCGGCUUCCCGCAGGGACUCAUCAUCGAUGCCCAAGAGCGAAAACUGUUCUGGGCAGACGCUGUUAGAGACUGUAUUGAGAUUGCCAACCUCAACGGCAAGGACCGAAGGAAACUGUUUCCUCUUGAGAAUCAUCCGUUUGGACUCGCACAGUAUGGAGACCACAUUUAUUGGACAAGCUUGUUGAAGAAGACAGUAGAAAGAGCAGAAAAGCUGACCGGUCGUAGACGCACAACUUUCCAUACAGCCCUGCAUGGUGUGAUGGAGAUCAAGUUUGUUGCUGCUGACAAGCAGGCUGGCAUCAACCCUUGCGCUGUAGACAACGGCUAUUGCAGUCAUCUGUGCUUCUAUCUCGGCAGUGUGUCGUACACCUGCGGCUGCCCGGACGUACGGGACUCUCGCCCGUGUCGGACAGAGCCAAGCAGCAGAGUAGAGUUGCCUCUGAGUGAGCUGGACAUAGAUGAGGAGUUGACUCAACCUACGACACAGCCAGCAGCUGAGGAUGUCUCUAGACUGCUAGUGAUUGGUGGGAUGGCGCUUGGUAUCAUCGGCAUCAUCAUCACACUCCUCAUAACACUGUUUGUUUACCACAAACGCAGGAGAAGAUCCAAGAAGUACCUGUACACUGACGGCAGUCGAAGCGUUCUCACCUUCUCCAACCCAAACUACAGCAGUGCGGGAGCCGAGCCCUCAGAAAAGGGAUCUCGCUUCUGGCGCAAACUGAAAUACGACAAGUCUCAGGAGAGAGUGUAUGAUGUACACAGUGAGUCAGACAAACAGACAGCCAGUCCUGAGGUAGUGUCUCUGAUCCCUGCGCCUCCCUCACCAGUCACACACUGUGUGGUCGACCAUCAUGUACCAUGGUCUAGCUACUAACAUGUACUGUUGUGUCUAGGAGAGAGUGUAUGAUGUACACAGUGAGUCAGACAAACAGACAGCCAGUCCUGAGGUAGUGUCUCUGAUCCCUGCGCCUCCCUCACCAGUCACACACUGUGUGGUCGACCAUCAUGUACCAUGGUCUAGCUACUAACAUGUACUGUUGUGUCUAGGAGAGAGUGUAUGAUGUACACAGUGAGUCAGACAAACAGACAGCCAGUCCUGAGGUAGUGUCUCUGAUCCCUGCGCCUCCCUCACCAGUCACACACUGUGUGGUCGACCAUCAUGUACCAUGGU